AUUUCAAAGUCAAAAUGUGAACUUUCAUUUGAAAUCAGAUUUGAUAGAAAUUAACUUUAUUUUGGAUAAAUUUGUAGUUUUGGAAAUAAAUUCGAAAUUAUGAUCACAAUCGUGGAGGAUAUCUUUGGCAUUGCGACCAAUCCAUUUACUGAGCGGGCGCAGGUGGUGCGACGCUAUACAAUUAGCAACUCGAGCCAUUUGGCCGUUAGGAUCAUCCAAUUGGGCGCUACCAUACAGAGCAUCACCUGUAUGGAUGCCUAUCAUAAUAUUGAUGAUAUAGUAUUGGGAUUUGACGACAUCGCCGGCUACGAGGCGCACCGAAGUCGACGCUUCGGCUGCAUGCUGGGACGUGUGUCCGACUGGGUGGCCAACGGUGAAUUCAUGAUGGACAGACGCAAGGUGCGGGUCACAAAAAAUUGGAACAAUAAGCAUCAGAUGGAUGGCGGCUUCAUUGGGUUCGAUCGCAUCAUUUGGGACUUGCACACGAUACUGCCCGACGGCAUUACGCUCUGCCAUCAGUCCGAGCACGAGCACGAGGGCUAUCCGGGCAAUCUGAUGGUGCUGCUCCACUUCACCAUGGACGACGACAAUCGAUUCUUUAUGCGCAUCGAGGCGCGCACCGAUCAGACGACGCCCGUCAAUAUCAGCAAUCACUGCUACUUCAAUUUGGCCGGACAGAAGGCCGGCCGUAAGGGCAUACUGGAGCAUCGUCUGGUAAUUGACGCCAACGAUACAAUCGAAACGAACGACGACAAUAUGCCGACGGGUCGAUUUGUGAGUGUCAGCAACACCGCCUACGAUAUGCGUGUGCCGGCCUUCAUUGGGGACCGUUUGCGGCAGUUCGAGAAUAAGCCGGUGUCCGGGUUCGAUGUGUGCUAUGCCAUCGAUAAGGAUUUCGAUGCGAGCGUAUUGCACUUUGUUGGACGUUUCCUGCAUCCCGAAUCGGGCCGCUACAUGGAAAUACACAGCAAUCAGCCAGGCAUGCGAUUUGAGACGGCCAACAAAUUUCCCGACGACACCCGCGACGAGGAGCCCAUUAUGGGGAAAAGGUGUGCCCGAUACUAUCAGCAUUCCGGCUUUAGUAUCCAGCUGGAAAAGUUUCCCGAUACCAUGAACAAUCUGGACUUUCCCACCGCCUUCAUAAUGCCGAGUGAACUGUACUUUAAUGAGACCAUCUUUAAGUUCGGCGUUCAGGAAUCGUGGAAAUGUUGCGCCACCCAAGAAGAGCUCGACAAAAUCGGAGCUGAUAUCGUGCGUUAUACCUAGCUGUCAAGCCGAUAACUAUCGAUUCUUGUUUAUUCUGGCCUUCUAAAUGUGUAUUAAAAAAACUAUUGUCUAGACAAA